UAUCGUUCGUUUUAAGUCUUCGGCGUCAAUCCCUCUCUUGCCGUUUGGUCCCCGGCGAAUCGAAAUGGAUGAAGGAAUUGGUGUUCAAGAGAAAUCUGGCGAUAUGAUGAUGGAUAAAGCUGAUGAAGACGAUGAUGAUGUUGAAACGGAGAAAAUUUCCGAAGCAUUUAUUUGCUGCAUUUGUCGGGAUCUGCUCUACAAGCCUGUUGUUUUAGCAUGUGGCCAUAUCUCGUGUUUCUGGUGUGUUAAUAAAUCCAUGAGUGGGCUGUACAAGUCCCGUUGUCCAAUAUGCAGGAAUCAAUAUUUUCAUUUUCCAUGUAUAUGUCAGAAGCUCCACUUGCUGCUCUUAAAAUUGUAUCCCUGUGCCUAUAAGAGAAGGGAAGAACAAACUUUAGAAGAGGAAAAGGAAACGGGCUACUUCUCCCCGCAGAUCAACGGUCCUGUUCACCAAUUACAACAAAAAAAAACAGAAACUAAGCCAUCUGAUGCAUCACUGCCCUGCUUGCCAGAUGCAGAUCCAUCUCAAAAACCAUGUGUAUUGAUGGCAGAGAAGCCUUUGAGGUCAAAGGGACAUAUACAGUUUGGUUCAGUUCAGCAGGAACUUGUAUUGGCUGCUUUAGACCACCUAAAAGAUUCUGCUGUAACUAGUGUUUCCCUUCCGAAAGAUAGAAACUCAAACCAGACUCAAAGCAAUGAACCUUGCAAGCUGGUUGAAAUUGAUGAUGUGUUGUGUGAGUCCUGCAAGCGCAUGCUUUUCCGGCCGACAAUUCUCAAUUGUGGUCAUGUAUUCUGUUCCUGCUGCAUUGUUAUCAAUAAAGAUGAGGUUUUGAAGUGUCAAGUUUGUGAGACCCCACAUCCAGGUGACAUUCCAAAAGUAUGCUUGGAGUUUGAUCAUUUUCUGGAGGAACAAUUUCCUGAGGAAUAUGGGCUGAGAAGCAGCACUUCACUGAUGAAACAGGAUAAAUCCAAUCACGAAGCUUCAAAGACAUCUGCUUCUAAAAGGGGUUUACAAAUUUCAUUUUCAUCGGGAGAGGACCCCUUACCAUGGUGGAAUGCCAACUCAAAGGUCCAUAUUGGAGUUGGGUGUGAUUCUUGUGGGAUGUAUCCUAUGAUUGGAGAUAGAUACCAUUGCAAGGAUUGUCCAGACAAAAUAGGUUAUGACCUUUGUAAAGAUUGCUACACCACCUCUUCUAAGCUUCCUGGUCGGUUUAAUCAGCAGCACACCUCAGAGCACAGAUUUGAUAUUAUGACAGCAAAUGAGAUGCACGAGUUAAUGUUUGGUUUGCUAAGUGGACAACUGCGAGAAGCUCCUCUUCUCCCUAAUGAUUCCGAGAGUGUAGACUCUCCAUCCAGUAAUACAAAUGAAGGCGCCGAAAAUGUUGCUGCUGCUCCAUUUCCACCAUCUGAGGCCGAGUCAGAUAGCCAAAAUGAGUGAUCUUUGAAAUGAGAACUUUGCGAAUUCCAUGAUGAGCUGUUGGCUGCAGUGGCAAUGAGCAGUGAGAUACCUGCUAGAGUAUGGCCAUUCUCCAACUCGGUACGUUUUACUUUAUUCAAGUCUAUUCUCCAUAAUUCUAUCCUAUUGUAUAUGUUGCAAUCCAACAAUAACCUAGCUCAUCCCAGACAUCUGGAAUUUUCGCAAUCCUGUUUCAGCCAGGCCUGCAAAAAAGGUAUGUUUCUCUUGUUAAAUAAAGUGUUUGUAUCUUGUGCCCUUACCCAUGUAAAAUAGGCUGUUCUUGUGUCCCAAUACAACCAAAAACAUGCUGCUGUAAUUCUUUAAAAGUUCCCUGUAAAUUGUGUCUGUUUCACAAGGAAACACCAUCCUUUGAGUUUGGACCCAUUUACUGCUAGAUUCAAAAUUCAAUUUUAAAAUUUCAAAUAAUUUGAAUAGAUAUUCUAACUGAAGAAAUAAGAUUAGACAUUUGAUCCCACAUGAAAUCUUUUGAAAAGCAGCUUGUCUGACAGAUGAAACAGCAACCCAAUUUUCAGUUUUAGGCCCAUAGAAAUCUUCAUGUGACUUCAAGUUAAGAACUCUUUGCUUUCAUAGAUCAAUAUUUAGAAGACCCACCUAGGAAAAGGACAAUUAUCAUAAGUUGAAAGAAUUGUAAAACCAUAGAGGCCACUAACUUUUGACCCUAUUGGACUUAUCUCUGAUGGCAAUGUUGUAGUAAUAUUCCUUUGGAACCAAUAAUGGGAGCACAGUUUUGGAGGGAACUCCUUGUUGACAGUGAAAGAUUCUUCUGAUUGUUUGGUAGUAACUGUAGGUACUAGCCAUUAUAAUAUACACUCCAAUCACUACACUACUGCUGGUAGAUAAUAAUUUCAUACUGAUCUGCCAAUGCCAAUUAAUUAUACCUCUAUUAGUCUACUUUAUUGCAUUCCGUACGUGCAUUUUGUUCUGUAAUUAAAAGCCAGAAAAUGAGGGGGAAAAAGAUUAUUUGAGGUGGUGGUGUGCAUGGGAUUGAUUGGUGGGCCAAGUCAUGUUUAAACUUAUUCCAAGAACCCUUUUUUUAUUUUUGCCUUAUUUUGCUCUUUGCUUUAGUUGCUAGAAAAUGGCUUUGCUGCUUAUUAUUAAUGUGUGCUUGGCAUGAUUUUAGAAUUCAGAGAUUGUUUGGGAUUUUGCUGCCGGAAAUAAAUUGGCCAUAGUGUUUAUAGUU